CGAAGCAUGAGUCCGAUGGUGCAAACAUAGAUUAUGUUACGUAGAACCGCCGGUUAUGUGCGAUAUGUAAAGAAAGAUUGAGUUACGUUAGUUCUAAGUAUCGGAGCGAAUUACAAAAGAUGGCGAACGAUAAUAAGCUAGAUGAGUUAGAUUGGAUUCAUAUACGAGAAGAAUUGGACGGCGAUUAUAAGACCGAGACGAUAUAUGAAAAAGCAGUGCGAAAAACACGAGAGAACCCGCUGGUGCCGAUAGGAACCUUUGCAACUACACUAGCUCUGACUUAUGGACUGUACAACUUUUACCAUGGGAGAAGACAAAUGCAACAAUAUAUGAUGCGUGCACGUGUCGGUGCUCAAGCAUUUACCAUCAUAUGCAUAGUUGCUGGGUUCAUUCUAAUGCCCAAGAAACAAAACAAACAAAAUAAUAAAUAGUAUAAUCUCACAGAUAUAAUGUUAAUGUUUGUUUCAGCAUAUAAAAUAUUUGUACAUGUGAAAUUAUAUAUACUAUGUAUUUAAUGCAGAUCAAUGCACAAUAUUAUUUUCUAUUA